AAGAAAUUUCAGAGCUGCUGUUCAACUACAGUUCAAAGGAGAAAAUAGAAAUAUCUAGAAAUAUUGUUUGAGCUGUGAAUUGGUGAAGGAUGAUGGCAUCUGUUAAGGAGCUGCUCGUGGACUCACUGAAGGACUUGGUAGAAGCUGAACUGAAAGAGUUUCAUUGGCGCUUAAUGAAUGCACAUCUUAAGUUUAUAUCAAAGUCUGAUAUGGAAAGAGCAGAAAUAUUCGACACAGUGGAAAAAAUGGUGGCAUGUUAUGGACCACAUGGAGCUGUGAAGAUCAUGGUGGACAUCCUGAGAAAGAUGAAGCAAAAUGAUCUGGCUGAUCAGCUAGAGAAUGAACACAAGCAAGCUCAGGUUGAGGACAAUACAAAGGCAUCUGUCCCUGUUGGAGAACUGAAAAACUUCUUGAAAACUCACAAAAACAACAUGAAGAAGAAAGCAAAAUUUAUUUUUGAGGGCAACAAAGAAAACGACAUGGAUCUUGAAACUGUGUACACAGAACUGUUCAUCACAGAGGGAGAUAUGAAAGAUGUAAAUCAGGAACAUGAGAUUCUGAAGAUUGAUGAUGCUUUCAAGAAAAAUAAAACAAUGGACAAACUAAUAAAAUGCAAUGAUAUAUUUGCGGAACUGAGGAAAAACAAUGAGGAGAAGAUUGUGCUGACCAAGGGAGUUGCUGGCAUCGGAAAAACUGUCUCUGUGCACAAGUUCAUCCUGGACUGGGCAGAAGGAAACACCAAUCAGGAUAUAGACUGUGUCUUCCUGCUUCCAUUCAGAGAGAUCAACUUAAUGUCAAAUGAAAAUUUCAGUCUCCACGAGAUUCUGCUGGAAUUUUAUCCUGAACUGGAGGAAAUGGAGAAAUCAAAGUUAUAUGAAGAACUUAAGAUAACAUUUAUAUUCGAUGGACUUGAUGAGAGUCGCUUGGCUCUAAAUUUUAAUAGUGGAUCUUUGAACAAUGUUGAGAAAAAAUCAUCUGUAGAUGUACUGUUUACAAGUCUGGUCAAAAAGAAACUGCUACCAUCAGCUCUUGUGUGGGUGACAUCACGACCAGCAGCAGCCAAUCAGAUCCCUCCUCGGUAUGUAGGUUUGUUCACAGAGGUGAGAGGAUUCACUGACCAACAGAGGGAGGAGUACUUCAGAAAGAGAAUCAAAGAUGAGACUCAAGCCUCCAGAAUCAUCUCACACAUUAAGAUGUCUCGCAGUCUUUACAUCAUGUGCCAUAUUCCUGUGUUCUGUUGGAUCACAGCCACAGUACUUCAGGAUAUUCUCAUCAAGAAUAAUACAGAAAACAUCAGCACAACACUCACUGAAAUGUACAUUCACUUCCUGCGGAUACAGAUGAACACAAAGAGCCAGAAGUAUGAUAAAAAAGAACAAAGACAACGUACAAAGCUCUUGCGUUCAAAUAAAAAAAUGAUCCUGAAAUUAGCCAAACUAGCAUUUAAACAGCUGAAGAAGGAAACCAUUGUGUUCUAUGAGAAAGAUCUGAAAGAAUGUGGUAUUGAUGUGAGUAAAGACACUGAGUUCACAGGAAUGAUCGCUGAAAUCUUUAGGAUGGAAGAUGGACUUUAUAAGACAAAGGUCUUCUGCUUUGUGCAUCUGAGUGUUCAGGAGUUUCUUGCUGCAUUGCAUGUGUUCAUCUGCUACCUGAACAAGAACAUGCGAGACCUUCUGUUUUUCUUUAAAGAUUCAGAAACUACAGCCAGACAAAUGCUUCACUUCAUCUUUAGAAAUGUCACAUUUCAAGACUUAAUAAAGCGAGCCACUGAUAAAGCCAUGCAGAGUAAGAGAGGACAUCUGGACCUGUUCCUGAGGUUUCUGAUGGGAAUUUCACUGGAAUCCAGUCAGAAACGGCUCAAAGGCCUGAUCACACACACUGAAGACACCACAGAGAGCAUCACACAAAUAUGUGAACACAUUAAAGAAAUUCAAAAAGGUGACAUCUCAAAUGAAGCAUCAGUCAACCUAUUUUACUGCUUACUUGAACUGAAAGAUAAUUCAUUAUAUGAUGAAAUCCAGACAUACCUCAGUUCAGAUGAACAUCCUGGAAGAGACCUCUCAUCUUCAAUGUGCACAGUGUUGACCUACAUACUGCUGAUGUCGGAGAAGGUGCUGGAAGAGUUUAACCCAAAGAGGUUCACGUCAAAACAAGCAGACUACAAGAGACUUAUUCCAGCUGUGAGAUGCUGCAGAAAAGCCUUAUUUCACAGUUGUUGUUUUGAUGAAACAUGCUGUGAAACAGUGUCUUCUGCUCUACAAUCAAACUCUCGUCUGACAGAGCUGGACCUGAGCAGCAAUCACCUGCAGGAUUCAGGAGUGAAGCUGCUGUCUGAUGGCCUGAAGAGUUCACACUGUCAACUGAACAUACUAAGGCUAUGUGGAUGUAAUCUCACUUCUCAGUCCUGUGAAAGUUUGUCUUCAGCUCUACAAUCCUCAAAUUCCCAUCUAAAUGUGCUGGACCUGAGUAACAAUGACCUCCAGGAUUCUGGAGUGAAACUGCUUUCUGAAGGUCUGAAGAGUCCAAACACUAAGCUGGAGAUAUUGAGAUUUCCGAUAUGUAAUCUUACUGCUCAGUCUUGUGAGAGUGUGUCAUCAGUUUUACAAUCCUCAAACUCUGUCCUGAGAGAGUUGGAUCUGAGUAACAAUGAUCUGCAGGAUUCAGGGGUGAAGCUUAUUUCUGAUGGUCUGAAGAGUCCGAACUGUCAGCUGGAGAUACUGAGGUUGUCUGGCUGUAUGGUGACAAAGGAAGGCUGUUGUUAUGUGUCUUCAGCUCUGACUUCACAUCCCUCAUGCUUGAGAGAGCUGGAUCUAAGCUAUAAUCACCCUGGAGAUUCAGGAGUCAAGCUGCUCUCUGAUAAACUGAAGGAUCCAAAUUGCUCACUGGGCAAAUUCAAUGUGAAUCAUGGAGGAAAAUCCAGGAUUACAGCAGGACUACAGAAAUAUGCCUGUUUUCUCACACUGGAUCCAAACACAGCACACACUGAACUCAUUCUGUCUGAGGAGAACAGAAAGGUGACAGAUGUGAGACAGAAAAAGCUGUAUCCUGAUCACUCAGACAGAUUUGAUGAGUGUCCUCAAGUGUUGUGUAAAGAGAGUGUGUGUGGGCGCUGUUAUUGGGAGACUGAGUGGAGUGGAUGUGUGUUUAUAUCAGUGUCAUAUAAGAGCAUCACCAGGAAGGGACGGGGUGUUGAGUGUUGGUUUGGAUUUAACGAUCAGUCCUGGAGUUUGUUUUGCUCUCCCAUCAGUUACUCAUUCAUACACAAUAACAUAGUGACUGUUCUCCCUGUGAAGUCCAUUGGCAGUAGAAUAGGAGUGUAUGUGGAUCACAGAGCAGGAACUCUGUCCUUCUACAGCGUCUCCAGAAACACAAUGAGCCUCAUCCACACAGUCCAGACCACAUUCACUCAGCCGCUCUAUCCUGGGUUUAGGGUUUAUUCUACUGGAUCAUCAGUGAAACUGUGUUGAUGAAUCAGAAGUGACUCAUGAAAGAUUCUUCCCAUCAUGUUUUGAGCUGAAUGAUAAAUCAGUAACAGUGAGAUGUUAUUGUCUCUUCAUGACAUUAAUACUACAGCUGAAUGAAUGUCUAUCACUGAAAUAACAGAAUAAAUGUGUCAGAAAUCCUCCUAAUGACAGAGAGAUCAAUGUGUGUGUGUGAAUGUGUGUGUGAUAGAGACAGUGUAUCUACAUUUAUUUUUAUAGUGUCAUAUCAAUCAUUUGUAUUAUUUCUUUCAAAA